CGUCCAGUCCCGCCUCCUCCUUCAGCCCUCGUCCGAUCGUCAUUCUGCCAUCGAACCGUUGUUUUUGCGGCUGCACCCAUCAGACGACCAACCUGCACUUAAAAUAAGGACAACAGGCCUCGAACUGCGCAUUUAAAAUAACCAAAUCGGAGCCCCUGCAAAACCUUCAUCAAAAAUGACUUCAGUGGCAGAGUUUGAGAAGGCGGCGGAAGAUGUGAAGAACUUGAAGACGAGGCCGUCGGACCAGGAGUUGCUUGACCUCUAUGGACUGUAUAAGCAGUCAACUGUCGGAGACAUCAACACAGAUAGGCCGGGGAUGUUGGACUUGAAAGGGAAAGCCAAGUGGGAUGCAUGGAACUCCAGGAAAGUGCGUCCAUUUGCAUCUGACCAGGAAUUUAAAGCUACAGUGGAUAUUGUACGGACAUUUCAAGAAGGUAUUGGAAAGGAGCUGCAUCACAAACUCCUCCAGAGAGCCGAGACCAGGAGGAACUGGCUGGAAGAGUGGUGGUCAGAUGCCGCAUACCUGGAAGUGCGCAUCCCAUCUCAGCUUCUCGUGAACUUCGCUGGUCCUGCUGCCUAUUUAGAGCACUGCUGGCCCCCCGCCGAAGGAACUCAACUCGAGAGGGCCAGUGUUAACGUCUGGCACACGCUACAGUAUUGGGAUCUCAUUUACAAGGAGAAGAUGCCCCCUCAUAAAGCUGGUAAGAUGGUGUUGGAUAUGGACCAAUUCAGAAUGCUCUUCUGUACUUGCAAAGUACCUGGCGUUAAGAAGGACACCAUCCAUAACUAUUUCAGAACAGAGCGAGAGGGCCACUGCCCGUCCCACCUGGUUGUGACGUGUCGCGGACGGAUUUUCACUUUUGAUGCACUUUGUAAUGGUGAAAUGCUCACACCACCAGAACUCUUCAGGCAACUGAGCUAUGUGAAAGAGUGCUGCGCGGGACGGCCAGAUGGCGAUGGUGUUGCUGCCCUGACCUCCGAUGAAAGGACUCGAUGGGCAAAGGCCAGGGAGCAUCUCAUUAGUAUUGAUCCUCACAAUGAAAGCAUCCUGGAGACCAUCCAGAGCAGCCUCUUCUUAAUAUCCCUCGACGACGCCAUGCCAUACUCUUCUGCAGAGAAUUACACAAAUAUUGCAUUGGAAGCACUUACAGGAGACCCCAGCAUUCGUUGGGGGGACAAAUCCUAUAACUCCCUGGUGUUCGCCGACGGUACUUUUGGAUCCAAUUGUGAUCAUGCACCGUAUGAUGCAAUGGUCAUGGUGUCCAUGUGUUGGUAUGUUGACCAGCAGCUUAAAGCUACAGAAGGCAAAUGGAAGGGCUCAAACAGAGUUCGACCCAUGCCUUUACCUGCGGAACUCGUUUUUACCGUGGAUCAAAAAGUUCUGGAUGACAUUAACCACGCCAAACGGCAAUAUGUAGAGAAGGCGCAAGAUCUCCAACUUGUGUGUCACGCCUUCACGGGUUUUGGGAAAUCAGCAAUCAAGAAGAAGAAUCUACACCCUGAUACCUUCGUUCAGCUGGCCAUGCAACUGAGCUACUACCGCAUACACAAAAUGGCAGGGAGUUGCUAUGAAACGGCAACAACUCGCAGGUUCUACCAUGGCAGGACAGAAACCAUGCGGCCUUGCACUAGCGAGGCGCUCAGCUGGUGUCAAGCCAUGACGGACCCCACGUGCGAGAUUCAUGACAAGAGGAAAGCCAUGCUGCAAGCCUUCAACAAACACAAUAAGCUGAUGGCAGAAGGUCAAGAGGGCAAAGGUUUUGACAGACAUCUCCUUGGACUCUAUCUCAUCGCCAAGGAGGCGGGACUUCCCACUCCUGCCCUCUACACAGAUCCCCUCUACUCAAAGAGUGGAGGUGGCGGGAACUUUGUGCUGUCCUCCAGUCUGGUGGGCUACACGUCAGUCCUGGGUGUUGUCGCUCCUAUGGUUCAUCACGGCUACGGCUUCUUCUAUCGAAUCAACGACGACAGGAUUGUGAUCUCCGUCUCGGCAUGGAAAUCUUGCCGUCAAACAGAUGCCACAACAUUGUUCAACAACUUCUCCAAUUCCAUGCAUGACAUGUUCCACCUUGCCACCACGUCUCAGCUAUAAAUAUUCGCUCGCACCAAGAGACAGAAGAGCAUUCCGUUAGGUGCCUCUCGUCACGUCCACUCAUCUGCUCUUCUUCUCCAAUGCGACUAGUCAAGCGUAGUAAGUCUUUGUUGAGUAUUACUCUGUACUGUUUUAGUUUUGAAGUCAUAUUUGAAACACUGAAGGGCCACAAAAGGCCUCAAACAUUAGCCAGGAUGAUCAAUACCUUCACUUAAUUGUAAAUGGGCAUUUAUCAGAGGUAAGUUGCUUAUUACGAACUAUGCCUUUUAUUUGCACAAUUAAUUUUUGUAAUGUUGCAUAA